CCAGGUAACGAUCCACAACAUCAAUAUCAAGCACCAGGCAAGACUGACGUCCGUGGUGAUUGUCCAACUUUGAACACUUUGGCAAAUCACGGUUAUUUGAGUAGAGAUGGUAUCACAAGCUUUGCUGAAGCUGCAAAUGCAAUUCAAACUGCUUAUUCAAUGUCUUUCGAUAUUGCAGUCUUCCUUUCCGCAUUAGGAUUAUUGUCAGGUGGUGAUCCAAUCACGGGUAAAUACUCUAUCGGUGGACAAGAUUCUCGUGUACCAAACACCAUUGGUCCCGCUUAUGGUAUCGACCGUCACGGUUUGUUCGAAUUGGAUGCUUCGAUCAGUCGUGGUGAUGCUUACUUUGGUGACAACCAUAGCUUGAACUUGACACGUUGGGACAAAUUGGUCAGUGAUGCAAACACCUACGGAGAUGGCUUAUUCACAAUCGAGGCUAUGAAACGUAACGCUGCAGACGCCGUUGACGAAAGCCGUAAUACAAACCCUGAAUUUGCUUUCGGUGGUGACUUUGCAGUUAUUUAUGCUACAAGAGCACUUUUGUCUCGUCCACUUCCAAACGGUACAAACCCAGACGUUCCAGAUUAUAAGAACAUUGCACCUUUCUACCUCGAUGAAGCUUUCCCUGAGAAUUGGUACAGAAUUCCAAACUCUUAUUCUCUCGUCGAUCUUCUUGGCGAUAUUGGUUCUUUGUUCUUAUUCAAGCCUCAAGUUCCAGGUAGAAACGUAAACGGUCGCUAUGUCCCAAUC